UGCAUAAACAUGGCCGUUCUCUCGUGCUAAGCAAGGUUAGUCCUUGGAGAAGAUUACGGAACAGGUAGCACACGACAUCGUGGCAGCAUUAAGGGGAAGAUAUAUGCUAUCAGAAGAUGAACUCAUGGACUUGGACAUUGGUUGAGAAGACUUGAAUACAACAUGUAGUUCCCGACAACAAGAAAAUGAACAUUGAGUUCUGGGUCUAACACCUUAAGUGUCAUCUUUACUAGAAAGAUGAAUAGAAGAUUACUCAGAAAUUGGAAGCAGCAGGCGUUUGUUUCAGUUUUUAAAAGAAGAGAGACAACUGCUGUUUUGAAACGAAGGGAGACAACCUCAGAUAUCAGACGAGUCCAUUAUCCUUUUCCUUGCAGUGUGACAGAUGUGAUUGAUCUAAGAUCAGAAGAGUUGUUCAAAAGGAACCAUAUUCAUGGUGCCAUCAACAUUCCACUAGUCGACAAUGUCCUGGGAAAGGGGGAACAUAACAUUGCUUGGAAUACAAACAAAUAUUUUGCUCAAAAAGAAAUGUUUGCAGAAUACAUAAAUACUUCCCUGAGUGAAUAUUUUAUAAGGAAUAAGUCUCAAAACUUCUGUCCCCUUGUUUACUGUGACAAAGGAAGUUUGAUAUCGAAAAUUGCCACACACAUUGCUAUGGACGCAGGACUGGAUGUUUUGUAUGUGUUGAACAACGGCUACAUCUCUUACAGAAAGCAGGUGCUCAAAGAUCUCCGAACACUAUCUCUACAAUUCACCUUCAAAGUUAUCUCAGGUUUGACAGGAACAGGAAAAACAUUCCUAUUGACCAAGAUGUCGGAGAAAGGUCACCAAGUGCUGGACCUUGAGUGUCUAGCAAAACAUAAAGGGUCAAUGUUAGGCCUAUGGUAUGGAGAGACUCAGCCAUGCAAUGACCGAUGGCAGUCACUAUUAAGGAAUGCUCUAGCCAACUUUGACCCCUCAAAACCAGUGUGGGUUGAAUCAGAAAGUCAGCGUAUAGGAAAAUUAUGUAUUCCGCCGAUUUUAUUUGAACAAAUUUGCAAGGGAGACAGAUUCAAGAUCAUUCUUCCAAUAGAAGAAAGGAUAAAAUGUUCAUUAAGAGAUUAUCCAUAUUGGAAAGAGGAUACAGACACCUUGAUCAGUAUUGUCCACAAAUUGGAAACUUAUUGUGGCCAAGAAAAAGUGAACUAUUGGAUUUCAUUGAUUGAGAGUGAGAGAUGGGAGGAGUUUGUUCAUCAAUUACUCGUGGAACAUUAUGAUCCUACAUAUACAAGGUCUCAGAAUAAAAACAAACUAACAAACAGUGAAAUACAAGUUUAUAUGGAAAAUCAAUCCGAGGAAGUUGUUAAAUCCACCAUCAACUUUUUAACGGAAUUGCCAGGAACAACAGAAUUAAAGACACAAUGAUAUUUAAAACAUUCCAGAAGCCAUUCAUUUCAUUGUGUUCCUGGAUGCUGGAGCUGUCAUGAUUAAAAAUGUGUAGUAUUUUCUCAAAGUACAGAAUUUGGUUGUAUCAAGAUUGACCAUCUGAAUUCACAUAUGAUAUCACAUUUUUUUUUUUUCAAAGCUUUCUUGAGAACUAGGAAUAUCAUAAAUGCUGUGGUAUUAUAUUGAUGAUUUGGAAUUUCCAGAACAUCUGUGCUUUUUUAUACAUAGGGAACCAGAUACCAUAACGUUGAUCCUAAAAUUUGAAGAAAAAAACAACAACUGACAUGCUUACAGGCAUCAUUAUUAACAUAGUACAAUGUAGCUAAUAAGUGAAUUGUAUCAUAAGUGAUUCAUAUACAGGUACAAUUCUUAUGAAAUUUCUAAUGUCUUUCAAAACAAACUGUUUGGAGUUGUAUUGAUUUCUGAAUAAAUUUUGUGUGUU